UACCCGAUUACCAAUUGAAUAAUAAAAGUGGAACUCGUACAGCUGUAUUUGGCGAAGUGACUAGUCCAAAGCGCCAAGAUGAGGAAUCUAAAGUUUUCUGGGACAUUUAUCGUGGCGCGAUACAUGCUAAAGAUGCAAUUGACACUGACAUUACUAAACAAGAAUUGAAAUACACCCAGACGGAGCAAAACGGGUCAUAA